GCUAUGCUGCGCCGCCUCGCUCUCUUCGUCGUCGUGACGGUAGACGCGGUGCUCGAGCGCCCUCCGCGCCGCCUUGUGAAACCAGCGGCCGCCGACCGCGAGGCCGCGCUCCUCGCCGCGGGCCGCGGCGCGUGCCCGGUGCUCUGCGUCGACGCGCUGCUGCCCUACCAGCGCCUGCCGCUCGCUUUUGAUGAUGCAACUCUCACAGAAUUGCUGGAAGAUAUUGGAGAGGGCGGCCUCGUCGUGGCGACGUCGUGGGACGCGCGGCGGCGGCGCGUGAGACGAAGGGGCACGCUCGCGCGCGUCGAGGGCGGCGCGCUGCGCGGCCUUGUGAGAUGCGCGGUCGCGGGCGCCGACGCGCGCGUCGGCCGCUGGCGCCGCUACGGCGCCACGGUCGUGCCGGGCGCGGCCGGCGCGUCGCUGCGCUGGGGCCGCGAGCGCCUGGCGGACGCGGCGCGCGGCGCUGGAAGUCAACGCAUCGCGCGCGGCGUCGUCGUCGACUGCGUCGCCGUUGACGCCGCGGCCGCGCCGCCGGAGCCUGAUCAGAUCUCGCCGCUCGAGUGGUCCUCUUCCAGGAUCGACGUCGUGGAACCGGACGGCGACGCGGCCGCCUGUGUUGAGAGAGCCGAAGACCUGGCGGCGACCUUCGACGCGUACACGGCCGCGGAGACUCCGUGGCGGCUCGCGGCGGCGCUCGACACGGCCGGGCCGCGGCCGGCGGACCCCGUUGAGUUCGCGAUCUGGUGCGCCGCUGUGGCGCGGCCGCCGCCGCCGCUCGGCAGCGGCUUCGACGUGCGGCCGUCUUUACUGGAAGCGCUCGACGGCGUCUCGCGGCUCGUGAUCGCGGAGCACGGCCUGCGAAGAGCGCUGGCGGAGCGCCAGGGCGACGACGUCACGGCUUUUGGGGAGCCGCCGCGCCUGCCGGAGUACGUCCGCGCGGACCUCUCCUCGUAA